CUGACUAACUUUUAUUGCCGCGUCGGUCCGCCCCCGCCUGUCAGGACGGUUUUGUCUUGCGGGCAGCACCCAAAAGAGCCUGGGAGAGGACGUUUCUACCCAAGUUGGGAUGCGGCGGAGCCGGCGAGUUCGGCCCGGCCGAGGAGGAUGGUCGCUCGUGGUGGCGCUGUUCUCGGGGCUUGGCAUAGCGGGCGUGUUGUUGCUGUGGCACUGGGGUCCGCGGGACACGGCGAAGAGCUCUGGGAGAGCGGCGCCGCCUUCCUUGGCGCCCGAAGUAGCCCAGCGACGAUUGCGCAGACCCGUCUAUGACAAGCCGCCGUUGGGCAGAGAGACCGAGGUGGGCGAGAUGGGCCGGCCGGCGCGCUUGGAGUUAAGCAAGGCCGAACAGGACCUUCAGGAGGAGAGCAUCCAGCUGCACCAGAUCAACAUCUUCCUGAGCGACCGCAUCUCCCUUCACCGCCGCCUGCCCGAGCGCCGCAACCCGCUAUGUAAAGAGAAAAAAUAUGAUUAUUACCAUUUGCCAAAGACUUCUGUUGUAAUAGCUUUUUAUAACGAAGCCUGGUCAACGCUUCUGAGAACAGUUCAUAGUGUUCUUGAGACAUCUCCUGAUAUUCUUCUAGAAGAAAUUAUCCUUGUAGAUGAUUAUAGCGAUAAAGGAUACAAACAAUAUUUCUUUGUAAACAUGCAUAGAAUUAAAGAAGAACCAUCAGCUGUCGUCUGUCCUGUGAUUGAUGUAAUUGAUUGGAACACCUUUGAAUUCUUGGGAAAUGCUGGAGAGCCACAGAUUGGUGGGUUUGACUGGAGGCUGGUCUUUACUUGGCACAUAGUGCCAGAGCGGGAGCAGCAACAUCGAAGAUCCAAGACUGAUGUUAUCAGGUCUCCAACUAUGGCUGGUGGACUCUUUGCUGUGAACAAGAAUUAUUUUAACUAUCUUGGCUCAUACGACACGGGAAUGGAAGUCUGGGGAGGGGAAAACCUUGAAUUUUCAUUUCGGCUGAAGAAUAGAGGAAUGCUAAAUUAUUGCUUUGAUUACAAUCCUCCCAGUGAGCAUGAAAUAACGGGACACAAAGUCAUAUUAUAUCCAUGUCAUGGCAUGGGACAAAAUCAGUUUUUUGAGUACACCUCCCACAAUGAAAUACGUUAUAAUACCCGUCAACCAGAAGUCUGUGCAGCUGUUGAUCCAGGAACUGAUAUUUUGAAAAUGUACUUAUGUGAAGAUAGUAUCCAAAAUAUUCCUGAAAAUCAGAAAUUUAUUCUUAGAGAGGAUGGAGUUUUAAUACAUAAGCAGACCCAGAAGUGUCUACAAGCUGAAUCUGAUGUAGAAAAUGGAUAUCCAGCACCUUUGUUACGGCCAUGUUCCAAUUCAGAAUACCAGAAAUGGUUUUUUAUAGGGAGAAGUUGAUACAGAAAACUAAUUUUGUGGUUGAUCAAGAUAAUCUCUGGAUCUGAAGCAAGGAAAUGUUUAAUCGUUUGUACAAGGAGAAGUGUAUUAUUUUCAACUUCUGGAACACCAGCAGGCAUUGAAAUUCAUAUGUAGUUAUUGUGGACUUUUCUGCAUCGGAAAUCUACUUUUGGCAGCUAUAUGAUUUUCUAAAUUUUUUAUAUAUUUUAGAAAUAACCUAGAGACUUGAUAAUGAAAUGCAGGUGGUGGCACUUAAAUUUGAUAAUUUAAAUAUUUAUUUUUUUUCCUAAUAUGUUCAACUUUAAUGUGACUAAGACAUUAAAAGAAAAAUAAAAGGACAAUUUUGGCUGUGAAAUUAUUAUAA